AUGUUUGUCUUGCUCGGCAUCACGGGCAAGGACUUUACCUUGGUCGCCGCCUCCAAGGCGGUCAUGCGAGGCCCGACCAUCAUUGCGGCGCGCGAUAACAAGACUCGCCAGCCCAACAAGCAUACCCUGCUCGCCUUCUCCGGCGAGCCUGGCGACACUGUCCAAUUUGCCGAGUACAUCCAGGCCAACAUCCAGCUCUACACCAUGCGCAACGCGGCCGAGCUGUCCCCCUCUGCCGUCGCGCACUUUGUCCGCGGCGAGCUGGCCUCCAGCCUGCGCUCAAGAAAGCCAUACACCGUCAACCUCCUGCUGGGCGGCGUCGAUCCCAUCACACACAAGCCCAGCCUGUACUGGAUCGACUAUCUUGCUUCGCUUGCCCCCGUGCCCUAUGCCGCUCACGGCUAUGCGCAAUAUUACUGCCUGUCCAUCCUCGACAAGCACCACCACCCCGACAUCACGCUCGACCAGGGCAUCAAGCUCCUCAGCAUGUGCACCGACGAGCUCAAGCGAAGGAUGCCCAUCGAUUUCAAGGGCAUGAUUGUCAAGGUCGUCACAAAGGACGGCGUCAUCGAAAUUGACACCGACGAGGUCAAUGGAAAAGAUGCAAAGCCCGUUGUAAUCCCUUAG